AUGAAGCUAACUGCGUUAAAAUUGAUGUCGUACCUAUUUACAACACUAUUACUCGCAGUGAUCGCCUUGGGAUAUCCCGCCAGCAACAGCGAAGCAGCGAUCGAGAACAUGAGACAGAUUCCACAAUGGCAUUGUCUCCGUUAUAGAAAGUUUGAUUUUGUCCGUCGCUGUCGGAAUUAUCGCUCAGGAAGAAGACACUGA